CAAGAGAAACAAUUAAAAAUGAGUCAUAUCUUAUGACCCCCCAUUUAACCCACCAUUUAUGACGAAAACAUCAAAGUUAACGAAUUUUAAUUAUUUCAACAAUUUGAUAUCAACACUAUUUGUAUCAAAAAAUCGAAACUAGAUAUAUAAACUAUAUGAAUAGAUUACAAACUAUAUAGAGUUAUAUAUAACUAUUUUCCAGAUAUAAACGAACCUACUAAACGUACGUUGUAGGUGUUAUGUUAGCGUUGUGAAAUUAGUGCUGAGUUUCAGUCCUUAUUCAAGCGUUCGACGAAUAAGAUCGAGCGCACGAUGGUCGCCACAUGUUUAAAAUUCUAUUAGUAACUUUAUAAAAAUUAGUGAGAUAUGUGUUAAUUUUGUUAUUUAAAUGCAAAAUGUAUAAAAUAUUUCAAAAAAACUUUAAAUAUAUUAUCCUAAUAAUCGCUUUAAUAACGUUCGUGUUAAGUGGUUAUUUCGAUUAUAUCCGCGAAAUAAGUUUUGAAAAAUUUACAUAUCCCCUAGAAGAAGAUAUAAGAAAAUACAUAGAAGAAUUAAAAGCGAAUCAAAAAUCUUCAAGAAACAUUAUAAACGAGUACAAAUACGAUUACCUUAUAACGCCAAAUAAUAAGUGCCUAAUAAAUCGGGGAGAAAAACAACUUCGACUUGUUUUAGUAAUAAAAUCUAGUUUAGAUCAUUUUGAAAGGAGAAAGGUUAUUCGAGACACAUGGGGUGAUGAAAAUCGAUUUGAAAUUCGUCGAUUUUUCAUGGUGGGUAAACGUGAUAACACGCCUUUAAACGAAAUAGUACAAAACGAAUCUUAUGAAUAUGAUGAUAUUAUUCAGGGUGAUUUUAUCGACGCUUAUUAUAAUAAUACGAUAAAAACUAUGAUGAGUUUCAAAUGGUUAUUAAAAAAUUGUGGAAAUUCCGACUUCUACAUGUUUGUCGAUGACGACUAUUACGUAUCAAUGCCAAAUGCUUUGAAUUAUAUAAAUAACCCCAUUACAUACCCAAAUUACCACACAGACCUUGAAACGAACCGCGUCAGUUUUGACCUAAAACAUUUUUAUUCGGGAAAUUGUAUUCGAACGAGACCCAUGAGGGAUUAUUUUAGUAAAUAUAGAUUAUCGUUAAAAGAAUAUCCUUUUAAUGAAUUUCCACUUUAUUCGACCGCCGGUGCUUAUAUUCUUGCAAGAGAUACGUUAGAAGAAUUGUAUUAUGCGAGUUAUUAUACCAAACAUUUUAGAUUCGAUGAUGUUUAUAUGGGGAUUUUAAGCAGAAAAAUUGGUAUAAUUCCUUAUCACACUGAAUAUAUUUCGAGAGAAUGGAAAGAAGAUGAAAAUUUUAAACGGUAUUGUAUUGCAAGUCAUGGUUUUGAAAAUAUGAAUAAAAUGAGGGAUUUAUGGAAGAAUCAAAAAGAACUAGGGUAUGCCUAACUUUUUUUAACGACGACUGAAAUUAUGUUUUUAAAUUUUAGUGUUUAUUAAUAAAUACAUAUAUAUUUUCUAUU